CUCGUUAAAAGCAGUUUCUAACUACAUACAUAUCUGGAACAUUUAAUUUUGGUAUAUUCCUGGUAUAAAAGAAUGGAACUUCAAACAUGUAGCAGCAGUACUACAGAUCACUAUCAUUGAAAACGGUUGAAUUUAAAAAUUGUAACUCCAAAAACAACAGCAAUGGAAAAGUCAAUUUUAGAACUGAAUGAUGAAUGUUUACUGGCGAUAUUUGAAAAAAUGGGAAGAGUUGCACAAGGGAUGUGGUCACGCGUCUGCAAGAGAUUUGCAAAAAUCUACUGCGAAUAUUACAUUCAUAAACUUAUCAUACAAGGCUAUGACGAUACACUUUUAGAUGACCGUUUCGUUCAAAUUUUUGGUCACUUGAUCGGAACAGAAUUGUUUCCCUUGAAAGAUAUCAAGUCGCUGAAAUUCGAUGAAACCUGUUCCAUAUAUUACAACAAAUUCUUCUUCAACAUGCUGCGACACGAUCAUCCGAGUAUCGAACGGAUAGAACUAUAUGGAUUUUUAGAUAAAGACAUAAACAAUUUAUUGCCACUGCCAAAUGUUAAGCGCUUGCAUUUCAAAUACACUACAAUAACUGGCAAACACUUAGAUCAGCUGCAAACUCUGGAGGAAUUAAAGAUGGAAGGCGCAUCCAGUUUUGAAUCCAAACAAUUGCUCGUCAUUGCCAAAAACAAUAGGCUGCGCAAACUAAUAAUACGCAAUAGUCCAGUGGUAUUUGCUCCAAAGCAUGCACUGGAAAUAGUAGGAAAUCUUAAAUAUAUUGAGGAACUGGAACUGAAUUGGAAUGAAAUUCGACAGUACCAAGUUUUAGGAGCAUUACCUCGAUUAAAAGCGCUAGUCAUUAAUGAUUUCAAAACAUUUCAAUGUCCGAAAUGUAAAGAGUUCGAUCGAGGCGUAAUUACGCGACCUACCAAUGCAAACAACUUUGGUAUGUGCAACUGCGGGCCAUAUGAGGCGAAGUUUCUAUUCAGAGCGCUGGCAGAAAACACGAAAAUGGAGCAGCUCAUAUUCAUUGGCUAUCGAUUGACAACGCGAGAUCUCAAACACAUUUCACAGCUGACAAGCUUGAAGAUACUCUACUUGGCGGUAGAUAACCUGCCUGUCUACAUUUCUUUAGCUAUAUUUGGCAAAAUGCGACACUUGGAGGUGCUUGAUUUGGGAUUUUCCUGGAAACUGCCAAAAGAUGCACUAGAACUAUUGAAAAAUUGUGAAAACCUGAAAUUUGCAAAUUUCGGCAAUUGCGAAGGAUUUAAAGAUGAUUUUAUUUUAAAAGCUAUAGACAUCGUAAAGAGUAGAACACCGACUUCUGCGGAGCCAAUAAGACUACAGCUUUUGAAUGCAGAUAUUGAAAAAGAAUUUCUAGAGGAGGAACAUGUCAAGGCUGCCGAAUCUUGGAUAACAUUUUAUUGUUAUAUGCAAUCUGAGCAAAAAAUUCGCCUCGGUCGUAAUAAUUAUUAUCAACUUGCUUGCUAAGUUAAGCGCUGCGGAGGAAGAGCAACUUGGCAACAAACUGGUUAAGAGAGUGAUAUAGGUUAUAUCAUAGGUUUAUCAUUUUUAAAGCUGCUGUAUACUUAAAAAGUUUUGAGUUUGUUUCUUGCAUUGGUGAUAUGAUGGCAAAAUUUUCCUAUUACUUGCAAAAGAU